GCUGGCGUUUCCUCGCCGACGAUUCGCGAGCGGCGCCCCUCCGGGGCUCUUGGUGCGCCGUCCGUGCCGCAGGCCCCGGCCGCGCUUCGGCGGCGUCUCGCGCGCGGCGCGGCCUCGCCUGGGCGGGCGUGUGGCCCCGCGGACGCGCCCGUCGCGGGUCCCCCCCGGGGCGCGCUGGCGAAAGUGCCGGCCCCCGCGCGGGCGCCCGCUGCAGCGGGGUGGGGAGGCGCAAGAUGGCGUGCCUGCUGGAGACCCCAAUCCGCAUGAGCGUCCUCUCGGAAGUAACAGCUAGCAGUCGCCACUAUGUUGACAGGCUAUUUGACCCUGAUCCCCAGAAAGUUCUCCAAGGUGUCAUAGACAUGAAAAACGCUGUCAUUGGGAACAACAAGCAGAAGGCCAACCUCAUUGUCCUAGGAGCUGUUCCCCGAUUGUUGUACUUGCUUCAGCAAGAAACUUCAAGCACAGAGCUGAAGACGGAGUGUGCAGUGGUGCUGGGGAGUCUGGCCAUGGGCACCGAAAACAAUGUCAAAUCUCUGCUGGACUGUCACAUCAUUCCUGCCUUACUGCAAGGGUUGCUGUCCCCAGACCUGAAGUUCAUUGAAGCCUGUCUCCGCUGCCUGCGGACAAUAUUCACCAGUCCUGUCACUCCAGAGGAACUACUGUAUACAGAUGCAACGGUGAUCCCCCAUCUCAUGGCGCUGCUUAGCAGGUCCCGCUACACGCAAGAGUACAUCUGUCAGAUCUUCUCACACUGCUGUAAAGGUCCAGAUCAUCAAACAAUCUUAUUUAACCACGGUGCAGUUCAGAAUAUUGCUCACCUACUAACCUCAGUAUCUUACAAAGUUCGAAUGCAAGCACUGAAAUGCUUCUCAGUUUUAGCUUUUGAAAAUCCCCAGGUAUCGAUGACCCUGGUAAAUGUUUUGGUUGAUGGAGAGUUGUUACCACAAAUUUUUGUGAAGAUGUUGCAAAGGGAUAAACCCAUCGAGAUGCAGCUCACAUCAGCAAAAUGUUUAACUUACAUGUGCAGAGCUGGGGCUAUUCGGACAGAUGACAACUGUAUUGUAUUAAAGACUCUGCCGUGCUUGGUCCGGAUGUGCAGUAAGGAGCGGCUGCUGGAGGAGCGGGUGGAGGGGGCCGAGACGCUCGCCUACCUCAUCGAGCCGGAUGUGGAGCUGCAGAGAAUCGCCAGCAUCACCGACCACCUCAUCGCCAUGCUUGCAGACUACUUCAAGUACCCCAGCUCAGUGAGCGCCAUCACUGACAUUAAAAGGCUUGAUCAUGACUUAAAACACGCUCACGAACUACGACAGGCUGCAUUCAAGCUCUACGCCUCUCUCGGAGCCAACGACGAAGACAUCCGGAAGAAGAUCAUUGAGACUGAGAAUAUGAUGGACCGAAUUGUGACUGGCUUGUCUGAGUCUAGUGUCAAGGUGCGGUUAGCAGCCGUCAGAUGUUUGCACAGUUUAUCUAGAUCUGUGCAGCAGCUCCGCACCAGUUUCCAGGAUCACGCUGUGUGGAAACCUUUGAUGAAGGUUUUACAAAAUGCACCAGAUGAAAUCCUAGUAGUAGCGUCAUCCAUGCUAUGCAAUCUCCUCCUUGAAUUUUCUCCAAGCAAAGAGCCCAUUUUAGAAUCCGGAGCGGUAGAGCUGCUUUGUGGACUAACCCAAAGUGAAAACCCUGCGCUACGAGUGAAUGGCAUCUGGGCGUUAAUGAAUAUGGCAUUUCAGGCUGAACAAAAAAUAAAAGCAGAUAUUUUACGAAGCUUGAGUACUGAACAGCUCUUCCGGUUGUUAUCAGAUUCAGAUUUGAAUGUGCUGAUGAAGACUUUGGGGCUGCUGCGGAACCUCCUCUCCACCCGGCCUCAUAUAGAUAAAAUAAUGAGUACUCAUGGAAAGCAAAUCAUGCAAGCCGUCACCCUUAUUCUGGAAGGGGAGCAUAACAUCGAGGUCAAAGAGCAGACACUCUGCAUCCUCGCCAACAUCGCGGACGGGACAACCGCCAAGGAGCUAAUUAUGACCAAUGAUGACAUCCUGCAGAAAAUCAAAUACUACAUGGGCCACUCGCAUGUCAAGCUGCAACUUGCCGCUAUGUUUUGUAUAUCAAACCUCAUAUGGAAUGAAGAGGAAGGUUCCCAAGAGCGCCAGGACAAAUUACGAGACAUGGGCAUCGUGGAUAUCCUACACAAGCUGAGUCAGUCCCCGGAUUCGAACCUCUGUGACAAGGCCAAGACGGCGCUGCAGCAGUACCUGGCGUGACGGGCGCACCGAGGGCACCGGCGUGCACCCCGCCUCCUGGUUUCAGGAAGUACAGGAACUAGCCUCAUUUGAUUCCUUCUAUUUGCACAAGUCACCUUGGACUGCAGGGAGCUGUUUUGCAAAAGCAAUUUGGUAGGCUUAGAUCUCACCUUAUCCGGAGGACGUUGCUCUCGAGGUGGCUGUUGUGUUUCGUUGCGUUUCGUUUCCGAGCUACCUGGACUCUUUAUUAGAACAAUCAAUCAUUUUCCUUUGGACCUACAAUUUUUUGCCUAUGCUGCAGCCACUUUGUGAGGGAGGAUGAAUGUGUCUGUACACAUGAGUGUGUUCAUGUGUUUGUGGGAUGUGUGUGUGUGUGUGUGUGUGUUUGUGUGUGUGCCCACCCGUGGGUCAGAGUGAGUGUGUGUGUGAGUGUGCAUGUGUGGGUGUGUGUGUGUGGGAUACCUCAAGUUUUUCUUUUCUUAUUUUGUGUGAAAAUCUCUUUUCUACAGAUUUUCCAGGGUUUAAGCAUUGCUUGCUGUAUAAAAACAAAAAGCAAAAAAAACAAAAAACAUAAAACAAAAACAAAAAAAAACUUUACUGAAUUAUAUACAGUUUGAAUGAAAUGUUAUUUUAAAAGCAAAACAAUUGUUAAGUGUUCCAUAAAGGUUAUGUUGAAUUUUGGUCAGAUGAAUAUUUGUAAGUAAAGAAUAUAUGCAUUUCUGAACCUCAACUUACAUAGAUUUUCUUUAUAUAUAAAACAAAAAAAAACAAAAAAAAAAAAAGAGAGAGAGAGAGAAGAGAGGAAAGGUUUGGCUCUAGCCGGCCAUGAAGCAGGUGCAUUCCCUGGUGCUGUGCAAACCGUCAGCGAACACCUUCCUGCCGUCAGAACCUGCAGGCGGGGGCCUGUCCCGCUCUCAGGCUUCGAGGCAGGAGAGGGUGGAGAGGAUGGAGACGCCCGUUUCCCAGGGCUAUUCUGCAGCAGCAAAGGGAAAUACAACUACUGAUAGGGAAGGCCUGCUGGGCCUGGGUGGGCUCCCCGGGCAGGAAGUGGUGCCCACCGCCUCCGGGCCGCUGGCUCCUGGGCCUGGCAGGUGGGGCGCAGAACCUUUGGCUCAAAGGUAGGUAGGUCGUCGCCUCCCUGAGCCUCCCUGUGGGUCGCCUUGACCUCCUGAAACAGCAUCGAUCACUGUGAAACUCGGGAGUGUCCCGCCGACAGACGCGCAGGACAGGCCAGUGUAGGAGCUUCCCCCGGGCACUCAGGACGCCACUCUGCGCGCUCUCCUAGACAGGCAGAUGGGGGAGGACCAGGACCCGCCCAGGACCACGGGCAGGCCUGUUCCUCACAGCCAGAGCCACUUGGCCAUUGUGCAGGGCCUGGACGAGCUGGGGGCCCGAUGGGUGAACUCCUCGGGCCGCUCUCGGGCGCUCCGGCCUGCCGCCUCCUUCCCUCGGCAGCCAGGGAGAAGCCUGGCCGGCCACCUGCCCCGCCCGGUGUCCCCACACUGCACCUUCCUUGGAAGAUCUGAAAUACGUUUGAUUGCAGAUGAAUGUUUUUCAUUGUAUUGAAUGCAAUUCUCCCUGUUCUCAACAUGACCGCCCAAUACUCAAACACGAGAGAUUUCCAAGUGACUGUCCCCGCCCCCCACCCCAGAGCAUCACCCACUUAAGUUUUCAAUAGGGACCUGGGUCUUGUGCAGGCAGAGUGCUAAUGUGAGAAAGCCGUUUCAAGAAAAUCUCAUUUUCUUCCAAAUACACCUUAACUCAGACUCACUCACUGACACUUCUAGUACUGAGAGACUGUUUGGGGUUGACAGAACACGGUAGAACCCCCGGUACCUAGAAGGAAGCCAGUAAUGAAUUGCUGAGACAAUCUUGAACCCAAGCUAGCAGUAGGAAGCUGAAACCCAAUGAGAGGACACUUGGACGCGCACAGUCUGAGCGUCUGUGUGGCCUGUGAACAGAGUUCAAGGGAAACAAAAAAAAAGUGCUUUAACUCACGUUUCUGAUUUGAAUGAAGGAAAAUGUAUUUAUUAUGAAAACGGGGCUCUCGGCUGCUGUGACGCAGCUCGGUCUUGCGAGCACGGACGGGGGAGGCAGGGACGGGGUCUUGCGUCUCACCAACUUCUAACCAAGCUUCUCGCUCCCUCUGCUCCUGCAUUCUGUUCCUCCUUUUGUGCCCUGAUUGUAACCCCAAAUUUAUGAACUAGCCAAGAAUGUCUGAUUUCCUAAGUUGCAUUUUCCCCCCCCUUAAGCACUUUAUGCAGAACGGUUCAUGUUCUCCUGGUAGUGUUUGGAUAAUAUGAUUUUAACACAUGCUAAUAAAAGCCAAGAAAAACCGUG